AUGCCGGUCGUCAAGGGCGGCGUAUGGACGAACAUCGAGGAUGAGAUCCUCAAGGCCGCCGUGUCGAAAUAUGGACUCAACCAAUGGGCGCGCGUGUCUUCACUGCUCGCGCGCAAAACCCCAAAGCAAUGCAAAGCCCGAUGGUCAGAAUGGCUGGACCCAGGCAUCCGCAAGAUCGAAUGGAGUCGCGAGGAGGACGAGAAGCUGCUUCACUUGGCCAAGUUGAUGCCGACGCAAUGGCGGACGAUUGCGCCCAUCGUUGGCCGGACGGCGACGCAGUGUCUGGAGCGGUAUCAGAAGCUGCUGGACGAGGCCGAAGCAAAGGAGAGUGGACAGUUUGGACUUGGUGGCCCAGAAGGCGGCGAGACUGCAGCACCGAGUGCUGACGAUGUGCGACGCUUGCGACCAGGCGAGGUGGAUCCGGAGCCGGAGAGCAGACCUGCCAGGCCGGACACGAUCGAUUUGGAUGAAGAUGAGAAGGAGAUGUUGUCUGAGGCUCGCGCACGUUUGGCGAACACGCAAGGAAAGAAGGCGAAGCGGAAGGCGCGAGAGAGGCAGUUGGAGGAGAGCAGGAGAUUGGCGGUAUUGGCUAAGAGGAGAGAGCUCAAGAGCGCUGGUAUUAACGUCAAGGUCACGACAAAGAAAAAGGGCCAAAUGGACUACAACGCCGACGUGCCAUUUGAAAGGGCGCCAGCGCCAGGUUUUCAUGACACCCAGGAAGAAUUGGCAGAGAACGAGCGGGCGAGGGAGGCGUUCGAUCCACGAAAGCAGCAGCUUGCGAACAAGCGAAAGCAGGACCAACAGGAUGGUGAUGCGCAAGAGCACAAGAGGAGGAAGAACGACAAGGACGGCAAUUCUUCAGCGGCAGCGGCAGCUGCUAGGGCGAGUCAGAUGCAGAAGAUUAAGGAAGCAGAACAAAGCAGCAAGAGACGCGGCCUGGUCCUGCCGGCACCGCAAGUCAGUGAGGGCGAGCUCGAAGACAUCGUCAAGAUGGGCAUGUCCGGAGACAGGGCGAAUACGAUGGCCGAAGCAAGCGAGAACGAUGCGACGAGAGGCUUGAUGAGCAACUACUCGAACACCAUCGGAGCAACGCCCAUUCGAACACCACGCGCGCCACAGGAAGAGGACCGGAUAGCCAAUGAAUUGCGCAACGCUCGUGCCAGGACUGAGACGCAAUCUGUGCUGUUUGGCGGCGAAAACACACCUCUGCACGAAAGCGGCGCUAACACUACAGGCUACCAAGGCGUGGCGCCCUCAAAGCAGGCAUCUUUCACCCCCAACCCUAUGGCCACUCCCCUUCGCACCGGCGGCAUGAACGGUACAGGUGCGACUCCUGCUGGUGCACCAGGCGCCACACCAAUGCGUACGCCUAGAGACAACUUUGCUCUCAAUCAAGAGGAUGGAAGUUCAGCACUCGUCAGUCAGACGCCGCAUGACAUCCGGCUGCGAGAACAAGCAGCCAAGUCUUCGCUGCGUGGGAAGCUUUCGUCUCUGCCGAAGCCAAGAGAGACCGAGUGGGAACUCGAACUGCCGGAAGACCAAGAGGAGGGCGCAACGGGUGCCGCAGAGCUAUCAGCAGAAGACUCUGCUGUCCGCGACGCCAGAAACGCUGCCCUUGCGGAAGCCACCGCGAUGGCGGAGUUCAAGCGUCAAACACAGGUCUUGCAGAAAGGCUUGCCCCGACCGAAGGUAGUGGACGUGGACGCUAUGCUGAAGAACGCAAAGGAUCUGUCCGACCCUAUUCAGCGCUUCCUUGUUGAGGAGAUGGCGCUGCUGAUGGCGAACGACGCCACAAAGUUUGGCGGCAGUAAUGUCAACGGUCACGCCAAACCUGUGCAGGUUUUUGAGCAAGAAGCGAUGCAGAACGCGCAGAUGGAAGUCAUCCUGGAGAUGGGCGAGGAUGCCGACCGCUCCGCUUUUGGCAAGGCUUUCGAGCGGGAGUGGCAGGCUGCGUACGAGCGGCAGAGCAUGCUACCUGGACUCGCGGGCUAUGGCGAAGAUGAGCUGGAUGAAGAGCAACUUCUCACUGAAGCUUUUGACAACGUGCAAGAUGUCAUUGCCACGUCUGCAGAUAAGGGCCUAGCGCUGGAGAAGAAGCUGGGAAAGGUCCACGGCGGGUAUGUUGAGCGGUCGAAGAAGCUUAAACAGAAGAUUGGUGAGGCGGCGGCUUUUCUAGAAAAGACGAGGCUUGAUGUCGAGGUGGGCAGGGUUGCUGCUAGUGCGGAAGGGGCGGGGAUCGCGGAGCGUUUGGAGGGUUUGAGGGAGGAAGUUGCUUUGGUUAGGAAGAGGGAGAGGGAGGCGCAAGAGGAUUAUCGCGCUUCGAAGGCGGAGUUGGAGGGGAUGGAGGGUUGA